UCCAGCGGAGAUCACACUCAUAUCUACUACUGUCUGAUGGCUGAAUGACAUCAGAGAGAGAGAGAGAGAGAGACACAGAGAGAGAGAAAGAGAGAGACAUAGACAGAAUGAGAAGAGGUUAAGCCAGUCAACCGAGCUGAUUAUAACUCAACACAUCAGAGACUUGUGGUCCUGUUUGUCCCAGUGGUGGUGACUCUGCAGGAGCACAGCUGACCACUUUAUCCACCUCCCCUCCCUCUUCCACUCACUGUUUUACCUCCUCUGUCUCCUGAAGACCAUGGAGGAAGUCACCAACGUCACAGAAACCACACCGGCCCUGCCACCUCUCCUGGAACGGCGGGUACGCCAGCGACAGCCCACAGUUUCAGUCCUCAAAUCCAAGCUGAAGCAGGGUGUGACCUGCUCUGUACCCAGAGUCCGAUCCACCCUGACAGGGUUCUUCCCUGUGGUGAAGUGGCUGCCUAAAUACAAGCUCAGAGAGUACGUCUGGGGAGAUGUGAUGUCCGGGGUGAUUGUGGGUAUCAUCUUGGUACCACAGGCCAUUGCCUACUGCCUGCUGGCAGGCGUGGAGCCCAUCUAUGGCUUAUACACCUCAUUUUAUGCCAACAUCAUUUACUUCCUCAUGGGGACUUCCAGACAUGUUUCUGUUGGGAUUUUCAGCCUCAUGAGCCUCAUGGUUGGACAGGUGGUGGAUAGGGAGGUGUUCCUGGCUGGUUUUGACCUCAAUGAUGAUUUCAAAGCAUCUGCACUUCCUGAUGUGUUUAAUGGCUCAAUAGACACUAACCUCACAGCUGGUAAACUGCACACUGUGGAGCUAAUGGGCCAGCAGUGCGGGAAGGAAUGUUACGCUAUCAGUAUCGCUGCUGCUGUUACGUUCCUGGCUGGCAUCUACCAGGUCAUGAUGGCCGUGUUUCGGUUAGGCUUCGUCUCUGUAUACCUUUCGGCCCCCAUGCUUGACGGUUUUGCCACGGGAGCCUCUUUCACCAUCCUGACCGUGCAGGCUAAAUACCUGUUAGGUCUAAAGAUUCCCCGUCACCAGGGAUACGGCACAGUGGUUGUCACCUGGAUCAACAUUUUCGCUAACAUUCACAAGACUAACCUGUGUGAUCUCAUCACCAGUGCCAUCUGUAUUUCCAUAUUAGUGGCAGGGAAAGAGAUCCAGGAGCGCUACAAGGAUCGUUUGAAGAUCCCUCUGCCGACGGAGCUGGUAGUAGUGGCAGGAGCCACACUAGCCAGCCAUUUUGGGGAGCUGAACAGUCUUUAUGGCUCCAGUGUUUCUGGUCACAUCCCCACAGGGUUCAUCCCUCCACAGGUGCCCAGGUUUGGUCUGAUGUCAAGAGUGGCACUGGAUGCCAUUCCUCUGGCUGUCAUUAGUUUUGCCUUCACUGUGUCACUGUCCGAGAUGUUUGCCAAGAAAAACGGCUACACGGUUCGUCCCAACCAGGAGAUGCUGGCCAUCGGCUGCUGUAACAUCAUCCCCUCCUUCUUCCACUGUUUCACCACCAGUGCAGCUCUAGCAAAAACCAUGGUGAAGGAUUCAACUGGCUGCCAGACACAGGUAUCAAGUCUGAUCAGCGCCAUGGUCGUCCUUCUCGUGCUCCUCUUCUUUGCACCUUUCUUCUACGCUCUCCAGAAAUGUGUUCUGGCCUGUAUCAUCAUUGUCAGCCUUCGGGGGGCAUUGAGGAAGUUCAAGGAUGUCCCUGCUAAGUGGCGCGCUAGCCGGAACGAUGCCAUUGUUUGGCUGGUCGCCAUGUCGGCCACGGCUCUGAUCAGUGUGGAGCUGGGCCUCCUGGUCGGAAUCGUCUUUUCCAUGAUGUGCAUCAUCUAUAAGACCCAGAACCCUAAAGUCUCUCUGCUGGGCCGGGCCAAAGACUCUGAUCUUUACGAGGAUAUGGAUGAGUACAAAAACCUCAUGCCUCCGCCUCGGGUUCAGGUCUUCCGCUUCCAAGCUCCUCUGUACUUCGCCAACAAGGACACCUUCCUCAAAUCCCUCUACAAAGCUGUUGGAGUUGAACCUUUCUUGGAGAUGACUAAGAGGAGAAAGGCAGAGAAGAAGGCCAAAGAGAUGUCCCUGAAGCAGGCCAAGGCAAAUGGGGAUAAAAACAAUGGGGAGGUUGUUAUUGGACUUGUCAAAAGAGAACUGGAGUUCCACACGAUAGUUUUAGACUGCGCUGCCAUUCCUUUCAUAGACUCAACAGGCAUGGCCACGCUUAAAGGGCUGGUUAAGGAAUACAAAGAAAUAGGGGCAUGCAUACUCCUCGCCAGCUGUAACACCUCCGUCAUUGAUACCCUGCAGAAGGGACAAUUUUUUGGGAAGGAUGACAAAGACAUGAGCAGCCUGCUGUUUCAUACAGUUCAUACUGCAGUUCUUUAUGCAAACAGUACAUUUGCAGCAUUAGAGAGGUCAGAAGACUCUGUGGUGUAGAACAUCUGAAGGAAGAAGGGAAUUCUUCUCUUUUCUGAGCCUAAAAGUGAUUUUAGGUAUUUAGGUUGCCAUCUGGAACAGUACUGCAUUAGGUAGCUUUGAGGUUGCCUUUUAAAGCUUUGUUCAGGAAAACAUCAAAUUAAGAAGAAUAUCCUAUCAAGCUGAUUUUUUAAAGCCAUUAAAUGCCCAGACCAAAUAAACCUAAUCUGUCCAACAAGCUAGAUUUAAGGAGAAAUUUACUGCUGGAGUCAUUUCAUAAAACUAGGCCAUCUAUGUAGUGAAAAGAUGUCAAUAUACAACAGCCAGUAUCCAUUACACACUUGUCACUUUUCCAUAAAAUCAAGAACAAACAAGUUAGAAAUGACCCGCAAUUGUUCGAAUGCCCCACUCGAAUACGAACUCUUCACCCCACGUUCGAACGAAUGUGUUUGAAUUUCGAACAAAAAGUGAUAGCCUUAGUGCCUUCCAAGGCCCCUCUCAGACCACCCCUGUUAUGGGUACAAAAUAAGUAGAGGCCUGUUUCUACUCUGUACGUUUCCUAACUCCAUUGUGACACUGGUAUACACUGGUAUUUUAAUAUCAGUUUUUCUCUAUCACUGAUAGACUGUGUUGCUAACCUUCCUCAUAGGCGGGCUAUGUAAAAAGCAGAAGUACAGAAUGUGGUUAAAUCACCCCUCUCUCACAAUCUGCAGUAUGUGUCUUCCACUGGAUUUUUGCAGUUUGACAUCGAGCAAAAUUCAAUGUCUUUCAUACACAUGUACGCCCAACAUUGAAAGAUGGGAACCAGGUUGAAAAUCUGUGAAGUUGGCAGUCAAGACAGAGUAAACAAACAUGUUCCCUGAUCAGCAAAUUCUACCAUGGCUGAUGGAUGAUGAGCUAUUUUGCCAAAUUUAUAGCCUGUAUGUACCCAUAAAAAUAGAAGCAUAUUUCUUUUAAGUAAUUUUUUAGGCAGUUUUUGCCUUUAUUUGGAUAGGGACAGGAAAGUUGGGGAGAGAGAGGGGAUGACAUGCAGCAAAGGGCCAUGCAUCGGACUUGAACGCAUGGCCGCUGCGGUAAGGACUAAACCUAAGUGGUACGCACUCUACCAGUUGACCCACUGGGGCACCCUGGAUGCAUAGUUCUUUGUCGACUGUUACCAGAUUUGUUACACCUUUGGUUGUUAUGGUAAUUAUGUUUCAAAUUUAGAUACACAUAAAGGCAUGGUGAUAUGACUGUUUUAAGCUGCUUGCGUCAUUUCAUCUGUAAUGGACUGUGCCAGUCGUGGUCACUUGUGUUGCCUUCUCCCGUUACCUUUCCUGUAUUUUCCUCAUUUCCUCUAAAUAACUUUAAAUCUGAACUAAAGUAAAAAUCGGGGGGAAAAGAAACAUGAAGUAGGAAAGACAAAUGGAACGUAUCCAUGGUUUUGUACAACAGAUUGUCUGUGGCUUAUCUUUUAAUGUAGAUGUUGGGAAUCACAGACACAGCCUAACCCUAACCUUGAUCAGUAGCAACAGUGAUAUCAAUAAUUGAGGUGUAAUAAAUGUAAUAUAAAUUUAAUGUGUACGUUCUUGUUAGGUUAGUGCUUUAUUUCACAGUUGCUUUGGUUGUAUGUUAAUGGUCACAAAUUUAGCUUAGUUCUUACUCUUACUUAGUUCCUACUCAGUUGCUGAUUUAUAUCUGGGUUUUUCAAACACUUGUGUCACUAUGUCACUAAAGCUCUUUCAUCAUUUUAUAUCACUUUAGACCUUUGGCAAAGUCCAUAAGAGCUCUAAUCCAUGAGUCCAGAGUCCAGGCUAUCAGUGGUAUUUCCUGAGGUGCAAACUAUUACCCUGGACCUCAUAAUCAUUUCUAAAAGGUUAGUUAAACUGUUCCCGACUUAAAGAAGCGUUUGUGUGUGGUGAAAAGAAAAGCUUUAUGUGACUCACGAAGACUGCAUGCUUUUCCAGCCUCGAUAUCACACUGAGAGAGCCUUGCCUUUAUACGAGGGCUCAUUACAACAUACUUGUACUCUUGCCCUGUUCUCUGGUCUCCCAAUGGGAACAGCUCUAUGAUCUGUUCUCGUAAAAAUGAAGGAUUUACACACACCUGAGAUAUCCUCUCAGAUGCUGAAUGAAAGCAAGCAACCAUUGGUGCUUCUGAAAAGUAUAUUUUUGCUAACUGAUGGCAGCAGGUGAUGCCACAUAUUUGGUCGAAAUGUUUCACUGCCACUGGUUUGUUAAAUCAAUUAUUUUGUGAUGUGCAAAAAGUGAGCACACAUCGUCUUUUUGUUAAAUCACAGUUUUUCUUACAUGUUUUAUGAUAUUAGUGAAGAGUGUGAAAUCUAGAUUAAAAAAAUAACAGUUUAAUGUAAGUACUCUAACUUGACUGGAAUUACUUUAAAAAGGAUGUAUUUUUAUUUAAUGUGAACAUGUUUAUGUCAAAAAUACAAACAGGUGAAGUGACAUUGUAAUAAGAUGUACACUUUCUUGUUUGUAAGUUUAGAAAAUAAUUGUUUUGUACUUUCAUACACUCAUUUUGUCAUCAAGAGCUGACACCUAUUAAUUUAACUUGAAUCAUGGUCGUGAUACAUUUAAUUGUUUUAAGGGAAGUCUUUUUGACUUUCAUUUUAGACAUAGUGUUGACAUUCAACAUCCAUAUAAAAACACUGCCUUAAUGUUCAAUACUUGAAAUAAAGUGAUAAGUUUUUUAAUGAA